GUUUCAUGCCGGACGAAUGAGUGUGCGACACAGCGACCAAAGCCAGCGUCUCCAGAGCCGCUAAAGGAGGAGCAGGUUUUUGGUUGUUUUUAUUAUUUCAGGGAGUUUUCCCCCCAUAUCUAUUCGCAGUGGACAUGUCUCCUUCACGGUCCAUGCUGCUGGUGGGAGAAGGGAACUUCUCGUUUUCUGCGUCCAUGAGUCAGAGCCACGCUGACACGGACACCGGCGUCACGGCCACUUGUCUGCAGCGUGAGGACGAGGCACUGCGGCAUGAAGGUGCUGCCGCUAACGUCCAGAUCAUCGAGGACUCCGGUGGAACUGUGCUCUUCGGGGUGGACUGCACGAAGCUGGGGGAAUGUGCCUCCCUGCAGGGCCGCGUGUUUGACCGUGUGCUCUUCAACUUCCCCCACAGAGGCAGAAAGAGUGGGGUCAAAAAGAACCGAGAACUCCUGAGAAACUUCUUCCUCAGUUGUGUUCAGGUGUUGGCUGAAGACGGCGAGGUUCAUGUUUCCCUGUGCAACGGACAGGGCGGCACACCAGCGGACCAGCCGAAGCGGGAGUGGCACAACAGCUGGCAGGUGGCUGCCAUGGCAGCAGAAGCACAGCUAAUCCUUAGUGACAUCCGUCCUUUUGACAGUGAGAAAUACCAGAGCUACAAAUGCACUGGAUACAGGAGCCAGGAUAAAGGCUUUCAUGUGGCGAAAGCUUUGCUGCAUGUGUUUACUCACAGCCUCCCUUACGUCUCUGCUGGGACGCUAAAGGUGGAGGAGUUGGUUGAAGGGGAGAAAGUCCAGUUCAACAUGCCAGCUGAGCUCAGUGAUUAUAUGUUCAGAGGAUUUCUCUGCUCAGGUUCUGUCCACCCGGUCAGAUUGGUGCAAGAUUUUCUUCUCGAAGGACUGACGGAGAAGUGGCCGGUCUCCAUGAUGACAGAGACGGUUCCUUUCCUCAUCAAGGCCAAACAGCUGCAGACGUGCUGCCGUGAUAUAGACGGUUCACACUUCUACUCAAUCCACCUACUUCAAAGAGACACUGACAUUCAUAUCUCUGCAGACAAGGAAAAAGAUCCGUUGACGUGUUCCGACAGUCAAGGAGGCACAGACACACGAGGCACUCUAGUGUCCGCCAAAUCUGUCACCUCAGAGAAGGUGAGGAGUAAAGGGGCUGAGUGUUUAAGGUCUGCAUGUGAUCAUGAUGUGGAUCCUGAAGGCGAAAAUGGUCCUUAUAUGCUGCGUCCAUCACUGCUCCCUCACAUAGAGGAGAUUCUGACUAAAAAAGAAAAGUUGAUUAACAACGCAGGGAAUGAUAGGGAAACAGAGUCGAACAGUAAAAGUGUUGAAGGAAAUAAGCAGGAGGAGCCCUGUGGUGUCUCUAAUGGUGUAAAUAGCUUGUUAUUUGGCAUUAGCGGCCUGGUGUUCAGGAGCGUCCCCAUCAACCUCUGGGCCCUGCCUGUUUUUCACGAGCUUCUCUUCAGAGGUGUUUUCCCCUCGGAUUGUGAGCCAAUCAGAUCUCUUGGACAAGGGCUGGAAACACUGCUCGCACCGUAUGGGGUUUCUCUGAUUACAGAGGAGGGGGGUCUGCGUCUGAUGGCACAGCCAAUGGGUUUGGUUGGAAAGGCGUUUGCAUGCAAUGCAGAUGACAACACGAGCCAUGUCAGCAUUACUUUGUCCCUAAAUUUGGACCUUCUGGCCGCGCUUCUGUUUUCCCUUCCCGACUGGCGGCUGCUGUGGUCACACGACCAACGCUUCAUGCAACAAUUUGGACCUCGCCCGCCACCUGGGACAUCCUUCCAGCCUUUUUCCCUGUUCCCUGAGCACUUCAACUUUGACAUCAGCUUCUGGACGGGGCCGACAUGGGAGGAGCAGAAGUUCCACGCCGUGGUCAGAGAGGCCAGUCAGGGAACCGUGGAGCAAGUUAAACUCAUCGACACGUUCUCGCAUCCCGACCUGAGCCAGACCAGUUACUGCUACAGACUCAUCUACAACUCACACACACACGCUCUAUCUCACACACAAGCCCUCACGUUUCAUAAACACUUGGAGUCUUUAAUUUCCUCUCGGCUGCAAGUCACCAUCAGGUAGUUACAUAUCAAUAGGAGGAACAACGGGAUGAGCAGGGAUUUGAUCUCUUAUUUUAAUUAUUAGUAGAGAUAUUAUCAUUACUGGUCCAUGUCUGUCUGUGACUGCUAGUCAAGAUAUAAACAUCUAAUCCACAAAACUGUCAUUGAAUGGUGUUUACAGUAGCUGAGGCAUUGAUAAUGGCAUUUGAAAGUGAUUGGAAUUCUAUAUUUCUGUGUGUGUUUAAAUUAUCAUACAAUAAACCAGUAAUUUAACAUGAA